AUGAGUCCAGCACCUGCGCCGUCCUUCCCGCCGCUCAUGGGCUACAUCCCGCGCGAGCACAUCGCCUCGGGCGGCCAGUCUUCCGUCUGGCGCGCACUCAACCUCUCAACCGAACACCACGCAGCGAUGAAGGUCGUGCCGCUCCGGAUAUCGGCUGCGUCGUCUGAUGCGCAGACGGCGGCUAAGGCGAAGCAGCUCGUCAGGGAAAUGCGGAUUCACGAGACCCUCCAGCACCGGAAUAUCCUCCGCCUGUUCGGGGGAGAGACGAGGGAGGACUGUACGGUCAGGGCGGAGAACGGAGGGGAGACGACGUGGCCGAGCGGGCUGUACAUGCUGCUCGAUUUGGCUGAUGGCGGUGACCUGUUCGACAAGAUUACUCCCGACGUCGGCGUCGACAACGAUAUCGCGCACCUGUACUUCCGCCAACUCAUCGCCGGGCUCAAGUACCUGAACGGCCAUGGCAUCUGUCACCGCGAUGUCAAGCCGGAGAACUGCCUCCUCGACGGUCACGGUAACCUCAAGAUCUCGGACUUCGGCCUCGCAACGGUCUUCAAGUACAAGGGACAGGAGCGGCUACUGAAAGACCGAUGCGGAAGUCCGCCGUACGCCGCGCCUGAACUGGCACGAGCGCAACCAUACGCUGCGGAACCGAUCGACGUCUGGAGUGCGGGUGUUGUGCUGUUUGCUCUCCUCUUCGGCAACACGCCCUGGGACGAACCCACCUCAAAUUCUCCCGAAUUCUCCGCCUUUCUCAGCGGCGAGAUCUUCGCUCACGACCCAUGGCGCCGGCUCGGCUCGGCUCGCUCGUCCGCCGUCGCGCAGAUGCUGUUGGCGAUGCUGACGGUUGACCCGGAGAAGCGCCCGAGGUUGAAGGACGUCGAGCGGAUGGACUGGUACCUCCAGCCCAACCCGCUCCUCAACUCGGCGACAGGCCUCGUCGCGGACUCGAAUGUCCUCAUCACCCGCUUGCUUGCCACGCUCCACGCGCACGAGUACAUCGGUCCUCCCGCCGAAGACUUCUCUGAAGUCGUUUCUGCUUCGCAACAACCGUCCGCGUCGGGCAUGAACGCCAUGCUCAGUCAGAAGAUGAGCCAGCGCGGAUUGGACCCGACGCAAGGCUUCACGAGCAGCUUGCAGCUUUACUCCAAGCUCUCGAUGGCGCCGACGCAGCGGACGAACCCGAACCUUACCCGCUUCUUCACGACCCAGCCUCUGCCCGUCCUCACUUCUCUCAUCUCUCGUGCUCUCCAGUCACUCGACCUUCCCGCGCCUUCCUCGGCAUCGAAACCUUACGAGCUUCUCUACCCUUCAUCUACCUCCGCCCCCUCGCCCGAAGAAAUCGCCUCUGCCUCACUCGGCACCCUCUUCUGCCGCUUCCGCAUCCGAACAACCGACAAGCGCCGUCAAAAGCUCUUCUUCGGCAUCACGAUCGCCAAGUCUGUCCUGCCCAGCGACGACAUGAACGGGAUGGAGAUUGACGGAGGAGGGCAGGAGGGAUUCGAUGUGGUCUGCCUGAAGAAGGAGGCGGAUCCGCUCGAGAUGAAGAGGGUCUGGAGGAAGAUUGUUGAGCGGAUGCCGGAAGGCGUGAUCGUUGCGACGUGA